AUGGUGCUGCUGGAGCUCACCGCUGAAUUCGUCCGCGUGGCCGUUUCCUUCCAGGAGGGCCAUAUCGUCCACAGAAACCUGACAGCGAGAAGCCUGUUCGUAAUGUCCAGCGGCAGUGUGCUUCUGGGAGACUUCGGAUUCUCGCGUACAGCUGGGACCACGGGACCUUACCUCGGGACGCGGAGAUACAAAGGGCCUGAGGUGGUGGAAAACCCGGUGCAGCCCCUGGUGUAUCACGCCUCGGUGGACGCAUGGCACCUCGAAGUUGUAUAG